AUGGGCAGGCAUAUGGAUACCAUCGAAGAGAUCUCGUAUCUCACCAAUCAGACAGUGACCAUCGAAACGGAGCGGACGGACACCAACAUUGCGAAAUGCCACCUUCAAGAGCAGUCGAAGCUAUUCGGUCUUCCGAAAGAACUCCGUGACAAGAUCUUCACGUAUACGACCUGGUCCAAAGACAUCGACUACGGCGCUGGCUUACCUGGCUUCGAGAAACACACCGACCGUCGUGCCCGUCUCGGCAAGACCACCAGCACAACUUUCCUUCUGACAUGUCGCCGCGCAUGGCUGGAGGCUAGUCAUCUCCCGAUGCGCCAGGCUGUUACCACCGCGGGUGGUGUUAUUCUGGGCGGAUUCACUCUUGAGCUCACGCCUAACAACCGCCUCAACUUCGACAAAGUCCCUCUCUUCGUCAGCAUCGGUUCCACCAAGCCUUUCGAUGCACGCACGCUCAUAAGCUUACUCGGCACUCAUGGGAUGUGCCCCAAGAUGUUGACCAUCACAUGCUACUUCGAGACAUCGUGA